AAAUCAUUUCAACUUGUGCAAACUGCAACAGAUCUCGUAUACACACAGACUCGAGCCUAAAUUUUGUGAUAGCAACAACAAUGGCAGCGAUGUCAAUCACUAAAAACGCCAUUUUGAACCUGUCAAAGUCACUUCCUAGAACCUCUUCAAUUUUCCUUAGACGCAAUGUCUCCUUUUUUUACCCUUCGAAGACUAUUCCUCGAACAACAUCUCUCGUUAUUCGUCACAAAAUCUCCCCUGUCUGCUUCUCUUCUUCCCCUAAUCACUCUGAGGGAUUCCAUGCAUCGGAGGAUUUAAAAAGAAGACAAGACUUUGAUAGAGGUGUUAAAGAAGAGAAAUCUCCUAUGAGGGAGAUGGCUGAUAAAACGAAAGACGGUAUGAAAGAAUCCAUGGACGAAACUAAGCGUACAGCGAAAGACAUGAAAGAUAAAACAAAGCAAAGUGCAGAGAACAUGAAGGACAAGACAAACGAUAUGGCUUCAAAGGCAGCCGAUAAAGCAAAAGAAGGGAGAGACAAGGCAGCCGAAAUGGCACAUAACACUAAGGAGAAUGCGAAAGAGCGAGCCCACGACAUGAAGGAGAAGACUAAAGACACUGCGGAGUCUAUGGCUGAUAAGACGAAAGAUUACACGCACGAUACGAAAGAGGCCACGAAGGAAGGGGCAAGUAAAGUUGCUGAGACAGCACAGGCAAUAGCUGAUAAAGCUAAGCAAGCAAUGCAGGAUGCUAUGGGAGCGGCAAAAGAGACGGGUCAGAAGAUCAAGGAAACUGUUGUUGGUUCGGCGGAGGACGAGAAUAAAUCCGUUGAUGAUUAUAUCGAAGAUCGUACGAGGGAGAAAACUAUGGAUGAAGAUGUGGUGGAGCAGAGGAGGCGUGCAGGGGGUGAUCCUAAGAAAUUUUGAGGAAAGGAGGAAGUGGAAGUUUAAUUUGAAUAAUUUUAGUGAAAAGGCUUUUUUAUUUUUGGCUAAUAUGUUGCACAACUUAUUUCCUUUUUGCUUAUUAUUGUAUACAAGUAUGAACAUUUUCUGAUGUCAGUUCUUUUUAGUUGGAAAUUCACUUUGCUAAGUUUGCUUCCCCGAA